GGGGACACAACCACUGUUCCAGAAAGUUUUCCCCACGCUGGUGUUGUCCAUCUCACCCACACGGCUGACCACUCCUUCGCCUCUUACCUAAAAGAACAGACAAAUCUAAGACCAGAGCCCAAGGGUACUGCUGGGUCAGGUGGUGGUACACACUGGGCAUGGCAGUUUUGGUGCUGCAGAUCUUGGGUCUGCUCCUGGGUCUUGUGGGCUGGGUUCUGGAGUCCAGCUCGACUAGUUCCCAUGCCUGGAAGGUGAAGAGCCACGCAGACGCAGUCACCACCACCAGCUGGCAGUUCCAGGGUCUGUGGAUGCAUUGUGCAGCCAGCUCUGCAGGCGUUGUCCAGUGUCACACAUACAAAACUGUCCUGGGCCUGCCUGGAUAUGUGCAGGCUUGCCGCGCUCUGAUGAUCAUCUCUCUGCUCCUGGGUCUGAUUGGGAUCAUUGUGUCACUGCUGGGGCUGAAAUGCACUAAGAUUGGCAGCGCCUCCGACCAGGCCAAGGGCAAGAUUGCCCUGGCUGGCGGUGGACUCUUCAUCCUGUCAGGUGUCUGUAGUAUGACGGCAGUAUCCUGGUACGCCUAUCGAGUUGUGCAGGAAUUCUAUGACCCAUUUUAUGGUGGCAUCAAAUUUGAACUUGGAACUGGCCUGUACAUGGGUUGGGGUGGAGCCUGUCUGGCCAUUUUGGGUGGAGCUUUCCUGUGCUGUACUUUCAAGAGAGGUACCUCGGGUGCACCAAAAGGAGGUUACGCUUACAACUACUCUUCAGCUGGCCAAGGACAGAAGAUCUACAGAGCGGAACCUGGGUCAGAGCCUGGGAGUUCAAAAGCCUAUGUUUAAACAGAAUUCAAUUUUACCUUCAGAUACAUGUUUUCAAUUGUUGUUUUUACAGUUAUUACUUGUCUGUUUGACCAGUUUGGUCACUGACUUUUGUUAUAUAUUUUUGUUUUAUUUUACUUGGUUUUUGUUCUGAAAUUACUAGUUAGAAGGGCAGUGUAAAUUACAGACUGUGUAUACAUUAUCUAUCAUUUUUUAAGUAAAUCAGUUUGUCCAACACUAAAUCAUUAUUUCAUGCUUUAUGCAAAUUGUGUUCUUCAAUUUAGAUGAGAUAAAUGAUGUGUGGUUCUGAAGAAAACAGUGAAAUGUUAAAACAGGCUUAUAUCACUCUGUUUGAAUUCAGUAUUGAAGAACUGGGUGCCAAUUAGGUACAAAAAUAUAUACAAUUAAAAUGUGUUAGAGAAUGACCAACCAUCUUGAGCAGAGUUUCAUUUCAGCACAAGCAUUUUAAAUGUCAUGUAAAUGUCAUGGACAGGGUGUGGUCACUUGAUGCAGUAGGUCACUAAUAUAUAUAGACUCAAUGCAAUUUGGAUAACUUCAGUACAAAGGUAUUUACAAUAGCCAGAAGCCUUUUAAUGUAAUUGCACCACUGACAUUGCUGACAUAUUGUAACAUGUCUUUACAUAGUUAUGUCUCUCCUUUUUCUGAAACAAGUAAUUAAAUAAAAUUCAACAA